CUGUAAAAAUGAGUGGAAGAGGCAAGGGUGGCAAAGGACUCGGAAAAGGAGGCGCCAAGCGUCACCGUAAAGUUCUCCGUGAUAACAUCCAGGGCAUCACCAAACCGGCCAUCCGCCGUCUGGCUCGCCGUGGCGGAGUGAAGCGCAUCUCCGGUCUGAUCUACGAGGAGACCCGUGGUGUGUUGAAGGUGUUCCUGGAGAACGUCAUCCGCGACGCCGUCACCUACACUGAGCACGCCAAGAGAAAGACCGUGACCGCCAUGGAUGUGGUGUACGCUCUGAAGAGGCAGGGCCGCACUCUGUACGGCUUCGGCGGUUAAACUCAUGCUCCUUCAUCCAUCAAACGGCUCUUUUAAGAGCCACA